AAGUUGAUUGUAUCCACUAAUAAAAAUUCAAACACAAUAUUAAUGACCGUUUGGUUUGUAAUGGCUUACAUUAUUAUAAUGUGUUGUCCAGCGUAUGGUACGACCGGUGUUAUGGUUGACCAGAGAGAGUAUAGGAGAGUACCGGAAAAUAUUUUGCAAUUAAAGGGAAGUCUGACGACAACACCCGCCGACUCUUAUAUAGACGAAGAGGACGACGUGUUUGCCAUUCCUAUUGACGACUUUAGAGACUAUUGGUACGGUAGACGUAUAAAGCGGUCGAUUGAAUCAGAUGAACAAAAUACUUAUCCAUCACUUAAUAAGAGAUCGGCAUAUCAGCCGUGGGGCGGAAAACGAGCCCGUUAUCCAUGGGAUGUGAUGCGGUUGCCUAAAGGUUUCAAUCCUAAUGGCGGCAAACGGGCGGAAAUAACGCCUAAUUACUCCAUAAAGAAAGCCGAUAAUGAAUCGGCAGAUAAUAAAAAACGUAUGUCAAAGACAUUUCAGAAUUGGGCCGGAAAAAGGAAAGGUAGUCCACCGGCCAAGUCAUUCGUUAUUUGGGGAGGAAAAAGAAGCGGUAGUUUCCGAACAUGGGGUGGCAAAAGGGCCGGUAAUUAAAUACUCAUUUUAGUCUAGAUUUAUUUGAUUUUAUUAUUUAGUAUAAAAUUUAAAUAAUUUGUUUAUUUCAAUGACUUUAUUUUAUUUAAAAAUAAUGUCAAUAUUCAUAUUUAA